AUGGAAGGUCGGCACACCACCUUGACCGAGGAGCGCCAAGUAAUGUCGAAAAAACUAGGGUUUGUUUGGGAUUCUCAUGCCGCGGCAUGGAACGAAAGGGUGUAUGGUGAAGUGCCAGAGACAACAGUUUCGUGUAUGGAGCCAAAACAAAAGGUCCAGCAUUACGAGAGAAAGGGUAGAAAGAUUGAGGGACCUCGACUGCGUCUUUAA